AUGGUCCAAGGCCACCACGGCAUCCCUUUCGCAACCUCAAAGCCCGCCUACGGCACCUACAAAUCGCCUUAUGGGCCCAACUACAAAACCCAACCCAACCUCCGGGGCAUAGGGCCAGGGCGAGCCUUGAAAUUUGGCAUCACCGCGGGCAGCUUCGGCGUCGUGGGCGCGAUAUUCGCGCUGCAGUUCUUCGCCGAGGUGCCGAAGGUCAGGAAGGAUAUACUGCAGAAAUUCCCGGUUAUCGGAGACUACUUUGUGAGGGAGAUACCGCCCAGUGAUAAUCCGUUCUGA